GGUGCGCUCCUUUUUUCCCUCCGAUUCGGCAGAUGCUAACGGAGCUACUUUACAAGAAGGAAACCCCUUCUUUUCGCAGAGUGAAAAACAUUGAAAACCUUAAAAUCGUCUGCUUCGUUUAAAAAGAAGAAGAUCGAAACCAGAGUUGCUUUAUUGUUCGCCGCCGUUGGACUCUGGAAGCAGUGGAAACAUGUCCUCCGGAGAAAUAAAUCACGCUUCUCCAUCUGGCAGUCUGACAGACACAUCUGGGAUGAGGAAGAGGACCAGAGAGCAUGAAGCUGGGUCACCUGACUCUGACCAGCCAACCAAGAUGUUCUCCAAGUGUGAGGUCCAGGGUCUGCUCCAGCAGGAAGUGCAUAGUGCCAUGAAACAGUCUGAAUCCAAGAUGGAGUCGCUACUAGAGAGAGUUCAAUUACUGGAAUGUGAACCUAAAUACGACCUGGUCAUACGCAGACUGGAGGCUCACAUUAAGAAGGUGAAGAGGAGGGGGGAUGCUGCCAUCUCUUACGUCAGGAUGCUACGAGCUCCUGGAGUUAAACACAAUCAGAGGAGGCUGGGUUCUGGUCUUGUGGACCUGACUGAGACUGAGAGAGGACUGAGUACUGUGGACAUCAGCAGGUCAGACUCUGAUGAAGACGACUCAGCUGAGAAGCAGAGGAAGAGGAAGGUUGUAGAUGGUUUCUGGCAGAAAAUGAUGUCCAAUAAUAAAGCCCCAGACAGGAAGCGAGAAAAAGAGAGGAAUGGAAAGAAACACAACAUCCCUCUUCCUCCUACCACUCCUCCUCUUCCACCGACCACUCCUCCUCCUCCUCGUUCUCCUCUUCCUCCCGUUCUCUCUCCUCAAGUACUGAAGGUCGAGGCGUCUGCCGUACCGGUGACCAGACCGCCAGCCACAUCGCCAGUUAAAACGGAGUGCACGGUGAAGAUGGAAACCACCGUGAAGACCGAGGAGUCCCCGUGUCCUCUAGUCCCUCUUCGUGUUCCUCCGUCGCAGAGUGAGCUGCUGUCCCAUCUCUCUCCUCUUCCCCCGACCCCUUUCCCUUCCUCCCUCCCCCUCGAGGCGGCCUCCUACUCCAUCCCCCAGAAGCCCCUUGUGCACCUGGCCCGUAUCCGAAACCCUGCCCCGUGUCUGGUCAUCCACUGGAGGGUCACUGAGGAAGACGUCGCGGCGCCCGGCAUGGACAGUUACAGUAUCUACAUCGCUCAGGAGAGUCAUAGCAGCAGCGUCUCCCGUCCUGGAGGAAUGUGGGUGUGGUCAAGGCCCUGGCCCUGCCCAUGGCUGUCACGGUAACCAAGUACCAAUCGGGUACCACCUACGUCAUCGUGGUGGGCAAGGACCGGUAUGGUCGCUACGGACCGUACAGCGACGUACAGACUGUACUCCUGGCAUAGAGACGUGGCGGGGAGUUCUGGUCGUCUAGAUCGAAGGCCACUUUCGAGCGUCUGUGGGGGGCGGGGGUUUCACUCCACCCUUGCACUUGAUUUUAUGAAUUAAGGUCACUAAUUAGUGAGGAACUAACCUGAACGUAGACCUAGUGAACGACAUAGAGACUUCACUUCUGUUAGUGAUGUUGGUACAUCUGGCCUAGUUGAGUCAACUCUGUUAGUAUAUCUGGCCUAGUUGAGUCAACUCUGUUAGUAUAUCUGGCCUAGUUGAGUCAACUCUGUUAGUAUAUCUGGCCUAGUUGAGUCAACUCUGUUAGUAUAUCUGGCCUAGUUGAGUCAACUCUGUUAGUAUAUCUGGCCUAGUUGAGUCAACUCUGUUAGUAUAUCUGUCCUAGUUGAGUCAACUCUGUUAGUAUAUCUGUCCUAGUUGAGUCAACUCUGUUAGUAUAUCUGUCCUAGUUGAGUCAACUCUGUUAGUAUAUCUGUCCUAGUUGAGUCAACUCUGUUAGUAUAUCUGUCCUAGUUGAGUCAACUCUGUUAGUAUAUCUGUCCUAGUUGAGUCAACUCUGUUAGUAUAUCUGUCCUAGUUGAGUCAACUCUGUUAGUGAUGUUGGUACAUCUGGCCUAGUUGAGUCAACUCUGUUAGUGUAUCUGUCCUAGUUGAGUCAACUCUGUUAGUGUAUCUGUCCUAGUUGAGUCAACUCUGUUAGUGAUGUUGGUAUCUGUUCUAGUUGAGUCAACUCUGUUAGUGAUGUUGGUACAUCUGGCCUAGUUGAGUCAACUCUGUUAGUGUAUCUGGCCUAGUUGAGUCAACUCUGUUAGUGAUGUUGGUAUCUGUCCUAGUUGAGUCAACUCUGUUAGUGAUGUUGGUAUAUGUCCUAGUUGAGUCAACUCUGUUAGUGAUGUUGGUAUAUGUCCUAGUUGAGUCAACUCUGUUAGUGAUGUUGGUACAUCUGGCCUAGUUGAGUCAACUCUGUUAGUGUAUCUGGCCUAGUUGAGUCAACUCUGUUAGUGUAUCUGGCCUAGUUGAGUCAACUCUGUUAGUAUAUCUGUCCUAGUUGAGUCAACUCUGUUAGUGUAUCUGGCCUAGUUGAGUCAACUCUGUUAGUAUAUCUGGCCUAGUUGAGUCAACUCUGUUGGUACAUCUGGCCUAGUUGAGUCAACUCUGUUGGUACAUCUGGCCUAGUUGAGUCAACUCUGUUGGUACAUCUGGCCUAGUUGAGUCAACUCUGUUAGUAUAUCUGUCCUAGUUGAGUCAACUCUGUUAGUGUAUCUGGCCUAGUUGAGUCAACUCUGUUAGUGAUGUUGGUAUCUGUCCUAGUUGAGUCAACUCUGUUAGUGAUGUUGGUACAUCUGGCCUAGUUGAGUCAACUCUGUUAGUAUAUCUGUCCUAGUUGAGUCAACUCUGUUAGUGAUGUUGGUACAUCUGGCCUAGUUGAGUCAACUCUGUUAGUAUAUCUGUCCUAGUUGAGUCAAUUCUGUUAGUGAUGUUGGUAUCUGUCCUAGUUGAGUCAACUCUGUUAGUGAUGUUGGUACAUCUGGCCUAGUUGAGUCAACUCUGUUAGUAUAUCUGUCCUAGUUGAGUCAACUCUGUUAGUGAUGUUGGUAUAUGUCCUAGUUGAGUCAACUCUGUUAGUGAUGUUGGUACAUCUGGCCUAGUUGAGUCAACUCUGUUAGUGUAUCUGGCCUAGUUGAGUCAACUCUGUUAGUGUAUCUGGCCUAGUUGAGUCAACUCUGUUAGUAUAUCUGUCCUAGUUGAGUCAACUCUGUUAGUGUAUCUGUCCUAGUUGAGUCAACUCUGUUAGUGUAUCUGGCCUAGUUGAGUCAACUCUGUUAGUAUAUCUGGCCUAGUUGAGUCAACUCUGUUGGUACAUCUGGCCUAGUUGAGUCAACUCUGUUGGUACAUCUGGCCUAGUUGAGUCAACUCUGUUAGUAUAUCUGGCCUAGUUGAGUCAACUCUGUUAGUAUAUCUGUCCUAGUUGAGUCAACUCUGUUAGUAUAUCUGUCCUAGUUGAGUCAACUCUGUUAGUAUAUCUGUCCUAGUUGAGUCAACUCUGUUAGUAUAUCUGUCCUAGUUGAGUCAACUCUGUUAGUGAUGUUGGUACAUCUGGCCUAGUUGAGUCAACUCUGUUAGUGUAUCUGUCCUAGUUGAGUCAACUCUGUUAGUGUAUCUGUCCUAGUUGAGUCAACUCUGUUAGUGUAUCUGUCCUAGUUGAGUCAACUCUGUUAGUGAUGUUGGUAUCUGUUCUAGUUGAGUCAACUCUGUUAGUGAUGUUGGUACAUCUGGCCUAGUUGAGUCAACUCUGUUAGUGUAUCUGGCCUAGUUGAGUCAACUCUGUUAGUGAUGUUGGUAUCUGUCCUAGUUGAGUCAACUCUGUUAGUGAUGUUGGUAUAUGUCCUAGUUGAGUCAACUCUGUUAGUGAUGUUGGUAUAUGUCCUAGUUGAGUCAACUCUGUUAGUGAUGUUGGUACAUCUGGCCUAGUUGAGUCAACUCUGUUAGUGUAUCUGGCCUAGUUGAGUCAACUCUGUUAGUGUAUCUGGCCUAGUUGAGUCAACUCUGUUAGUAUAUCUGUCCUAGUUGAGUCAACUCUGUUAGUGUAUCUGGCCUAGUUGAGUCAACUCUGUUAGUGUAUCUGGCCUAGUUGAGUCAACUCUGUUAGUACAUCUGGCCUAGUUGAGUCAACUCUGUUGGUACAUCUGGCCUAGUUGAGUCAACUCUGUUGGUACAUCUGGCCUAGUUGAGUCAACUCUGUUAGUAUAUCUGUCCUAGUUGAGUCAACUCUGUUAGUGUAUCUGGCCUAGUUGAGUCAACUCUGUUAGUGAUGUUGGUAUCUGUCCUAGUUGAGUCAACUCUGUUAGUGAUGUUGGUACAUCUGGCCUAGUUGAGUCAACUCUGUUAGUAUAUCUGUCCUAGUUGAGUCAACUCUGUUAGUGAUGUUGGUACAUCUGGCCUAGUUGAGUCAACUCUGUUAGUAUAUCUGUCCUAGUUGAGUCAACUCUGUUAGUGAUGUUGGUAUCUGUCCUAGUUGAGUCAACUCUGUUAGUGAUGUUGGUACAUCUGGCCUAGUUGAGUCAACUCUGUUAGUAUAUCUG